AUGCCAGUUGAUACCAAGAAGGAAGGCGGGGGGAUUUUCCCAAGGUCACCAUGGGAGAGUCCUGUUGCUGCGCACGUACCUAUGCCAGCUAGUGUAAAGGACUUUAGUGGGCUACUCCAUCCCAAUACAAACUCCACGGCCUGUCCCCAAUGGGACGCCCUGUAUCCUAUCGAUAACGCCCAAAUCGAUGCAGAGCUAGAGGCCAUCUAUGCAUCUCCAGACUUCAAACUGCGAGCAAUUGAUCUCCUUGCAGGAGCUAUUCGCAUUCCCACUGAAUCCCACGACAAUAGCGGCCCAGUAGGAGAAGACCCAGUAUGGAAUAUUUUUGCCGACCUCCACCAAUAUUUGGAACGUGCGUUUCCGCUAGUGUACACCAAGUUGAACGUGACGAAGAUCAAUACGUAUGGCAUUGUCUAUCACUGGCAGGGUUCGACAGAGGCAAAACCCAUUCUCCUGGCUGCUCACCAAGACGUGGUACCCGUCGAUCCGACUACUGUGUCGCGGUGGAUACAUCCCCCCUAUUCUGGACACUACGACGGCACCUGGAUAUGGGGACGUGGAACAUGUGACGACAAAUCGGACCUCAUCGAGAGACUCGUAGUCGUCGACUCUCUUUUGCGGCGUGGUUUUACACCUGCUCGUACUGUCGUCAUCGCCGUUGGCUUCGACGAAGAGGCGACGGGGCUUGAAGGUGCUGGCCAUAUCGCAAAGUAUCUGGAGGAGACCUAUGGUCGUGAUGGCUUCGCCAUGCUCGUGGACGAGGGUCAAACUCCCAUAAUGAAUUUCGGAAAUGGCAUAUACUUUGCAUCCCUGGCAGUUUCUGAGAAAGGGUACUUCGACGCGCGUGUAGAGGUAACUUCGCCUGGUGGUCACUCGAGCAUUCCACCAGCCCAUACAAGUAUUGGCCUGCUUUCCCUUGCUAUUUCAGCGAUAGAAGCAAACCCACACACUCCCGAACUCCUACGCAACGGAACGCCUUUCUCAGCCGUCCAGUGCCUUGCAAACUACUUGCCAUCAUUCCCGGAGGACUUGCGUAGUCUUGCACGCGAAGCGGUUAGCAAUGAUUGGGCUUUGGCGAGAUUGAAAGAUGCACUGUUCAAGUUAUCCCCUGUGAUAAGAGCUUUGAUGGCGACAACUCAAGCUGUCGAUGUCAUAGAAGGUGGUGUAAAAGUUAAUGCCCUCCCAGAACGGGCUUCGGCUAUUGUCAACCACCGAAUUGCAGAACACAGCUCUGUAGUCGAGUUACAGCAGCAUCUUAUUGAUGUUCUCUUACCCGUGGCUGCUAGCCAUGAGUUGACUCUUCGUGCUUUCGGAAGGGUCAUAAAGACUGGUGACAGUGGAGAGAUUGCCGUUUCCGAUACCUUUGGUACAGCGCUUGAGCCCUCUCCUGUAACUCCUAUGGGGUAUGGUCCAUACUCGAUUCUCGGUGGGACCGUCAAAGCGACCAUGGCAACGUCUCAACUAUACAACGACGCGACCGUCAUUUUAGGGCCAUUCUUAUUACUAGACACGAUGCAUUACUGGAACUUGACGAAGCAUAUUUUCCGAUUUUCUCUGGUUACUGAAUCCGACUACUAUAACGACAUACACACCGUGAACGAAGCGCUUCGUGCUGACGCGUACAUCGAAGGAAUACGGUUCCUUACGAAACUUAUACUGAACGUGGAUGAGUCCCCGUUAUCUUGA